AUGUCUCGACCGUUAAAAUUUCGAGAUGCACAAUGCCCAUCAUCGUAUUACACUGCAUGUAUAUCGUUACUAAAACAGGAUCCGCAAGCUUGUACUCGGAAAUCGCAUUGGUCAGAAAAUGCUAUACCAAUAUCAAAUCCCUAUAUCGCCUCAAAGCAUUCAUCAUCAUUACCUUCUACGUUGUCCUUGACUACAAAAUCUCAGGAUCAACAUCUCAAGUCACCCUAG